AUGGCAAACAAAACUCCACCUAAGACAGACACUGUUCUCAUCAUAGGUGCAGGCGUCUUCGGUCUAUCGAUGGCACUUGAACUGAGCUCGCGCGGGUAUAAAGACGUUACUGUUCUCGACCGCUAUCCGCCUCCAGUCCCAGAUGGUAGCAGCGUCGACAUUUCUCGAAUUAUCCGAUCCGAAUAUGCCGACCCCGUGUAUUCCCAAAUGGCUCAAGAGGCUCUCAAGGGUUGGAAAUCUGAGUACAGAGACUACUAUCACCAUACAGGAUUUGUGAUGCUAUCAGAGACAGCUUCGAAUCCUUACAUCGACAAAACAUUGGAAAUUAUCCAUGAUCAAGGUCGGUCACUGAAAGAGUUUGUGAAUGGGAAUGGCCUGAAAGAAAUGUAUCCAGAUCUCCACACUGAUCUCAGUAGUCUUCGGGCAUAUUAUAAUCCUGAAGGUGGCUGGGCAGAUGCUGAGGGAAGUAUUCGUCAUUUAAGUCACAGAUGUAGUGAGGCGGGUGUGUCCUUCGUCACUGGACCACGGGGAACAGUUCUCUCAUUACGGAGACAGAGAUCCCGUGUUGUUGGUGUGAAUGUGGCCAGUGGAGACUUUAUUCCUGCAAAUCAGGUUAUCCUGAGUACUGGUGCUUGGUCAAAUUUGCUUCUGGAUGUGGCCCAUACAGCAUCUGCAUCAGGCCAGCCUGUAGGCUUCAUCCAACUCAGUCCGGAGGAGGCCCGCAGUAUCACCAAAACACCUGUGAUGAUCAACUUAUCAAGUGGCAUAUUCUGUUUCCCUCCAACACCAGGAACAAACAUUCUCAAAGUUGCCCGACACAGCUACGGCUUUGCAACUUCCACACGUUCCGAUGCUACGGAUCGAGCCGUGUCCUCGCCGAAGUUGGAUUCCAAUAAUGCCAAAAAAUCUUUCCUUCCUCAGGAGGCGGAUAAAGCUCUACGGGAUGGCCUUCGGCAGCUCAUACCACGCUUUGCCGAUCGCCCCUGGUCGAAUCGUCGUCUGUGUUGGUAUACGGACACCCCAGAGGGUGACUUUGUUGUUGACUAUCACCCUCAGAUGGAUGGGCUUUUUGUUGCUAUCGGAGGGGCUGGACAUGGCUUCAAAUUCUUACCUGUUCUUGGUCGGUACAUAGCCGACCGCUAUGAAAACUGUGCCCCAGAGAUUCUCCGACAGAAAUGGAGGCUUCGUUUGCCCGAUGGCAGUGGGGAUUUGAAGAUUGGGGAUGGAAGCCGGGGAGGACCCCCUUUACGGAUGUUGACUGUUGAAGAACAGAGCAAAUUGUAA